AUGGCUGUGUUUAGGUCGGACCCCUGUGGUAUAGUAUGUUUGAUCAUAACGUAUGCCGCAGUGCUGUACGCAGAUUAUGUCGUCGUCCGGCAUCUUGUCAUCCCUACAAUGUCGGACACGCUGUGGGGAGUGGUGAAUGUGGUAAUAUUCAACACCAUCAUUUUCCUGCUCACCAUGUCUCACUUGCGAGCAGUACUGUCUGACCCAGGCAUAGUACCACUGCCUACAACAGGUCUUGAUUUCUCAGAUCUUCAUGCUGGCAAAACCAUGCCAAAUAUGAGAGACGGUUGGACCGUGUGCAUGAAGUGUGAAACAUAUCGCCCACCAAGAGCUCACCAUUGUAGAAUAUGUCGACGAUGUAUUCGGAGGAUGGAUCACCAUUGUCCUUGGAUCAACAAUUGUGUUGGUGAAUUUAAUCAGAAAUAUUUCAUCCAGUUCCUGUUCUAUGUUGGUAUCCUCAGCGCGUAUGCCACUACAAUGGUGAUUGUGUCAUGGAUGCUGGAUCCUGGAGUAAAAGGCAAUGGAAAACAUAUGAAGUUGAUACACUCGGUCCUGUUGGUAGUUGAGUCACUGCUGUUCGGGAUGUUUGUGAUUGCGAUUGGCUGUGAUCAGAUGGGGGCAAUAUUAAGUGAUGAAACAGCAGUAGAACAAGUGAAAAAAGAAGGUCCAAGGCGACAGAAAAAAUCAUCCUAUGCACUAAUGCAGGAAGUGUUUGGUCGAGGUCAUCCUUGUUGGUGGCUGGUGCCCCUACAGUUUAGUCCAGUGGUCCAAGUCUAUGAGUCACAGUACACUGUAUAGCCCAGGCCAUUUACCACAG